AUGAGCUUCUCGAGUGAUGAAGUCAACUUUUUGGUUUACCGGUACCUUCAAGAAUCUGGUAUGUUUCUUUCCUCGAGAGCAUCGCUUCGUAACCUCUUUUUUCAAAUAACUUCUCGGCGAACUUUCGAUUCCCGUUGUUUGUAUACACCUGUUACUUAUGCAACGUAUGUACAUACACAUGUAUAUAUCGUCCGCAACAACAUUUGCUGUUAAUAACGUCUUGUUGGCCAGUAACUUGUUACAACAUGUAAGUUAAACGUGACUCGAAGAGGUUAUUCGAGGACAAAUAGAAGCGUAUCCCUGACACUAGGUUGCUAGGUUGGCGAAUAUAUUUCUCGAAUUUGUUGUAUGAAAAUUAUACUACAAACCUUGUAAACAUUGCAAGUUAAUCACUGUGUGGUUUCUUUUGUAGGAUUUCAGCAUUCUGCGUACACAUUUGGUAUAGAAUCACAUAUAUCGCAGAGUAACAUUAACGGAGCGUUAGUACCGCCAGCAGCACUUUUGUCGAUUCUACAGAAAGGGCUGCAGUACACAGAGGCAGAGAUAUCAAUAGGUGAAGAUGGGACUGAGCAAAGAAUGGUGGAAUCCUUGUCUCUUAUCGACGCCGUUAUGCCAGAUGUUGUGGCAUCAAGGCAGAAUCAAAUUAACCAACAGAAACAACAGGUGAAAACAGAAGUACAAGAUACAAAUGGGGAGGAAGUUGUUACCUCCAAUGAAGGUGUAGGCACAAAUGAGAGAGGAGGAGAUAGGACAGAAAUGGAAGUAGAUGAACAACAACAAGGUUCAGGCAGGGGAACUAAUGCUAGCGCUGUUGAAAUUCCAGACACUAAAGCUACAAUAUUACGUGGUCAUGAAUCGGAAGUUUUCAUAUGUGCAUGGAAUCCAACAACUGAUCUUUUGGCUUCUGGUUCAGGAGAUAGCACAGCUCGUAUUUGGGAUAUGUCCGGUAGUUCUCAAGCUCCGAAUCAGCUUGUUCUCCGUCAUUGCAUACAAAAAGGUGGUACAGAGGUACCAAGCAACAAAGAUGUGACUUCAUUAGAUUGGAAGUGCGAUGGUACCUUAUUAGCGACAGGAAGUUACGAUGGUUACGCACGAAUUUGGAAGACAGACGGUAAAUUAGCAUCCACAUUAGGUCAGCACAAAGGUCCAAUUUUUGCAUUAAAGUGGAACAAACGUGGUAACUACAUAUUAAGUGCCGGGGUUGACAAAACCACCAUUAUAUGGGAUGCAGAAAGUGGACAAUGUACUCAACAAUUUAGUUUUCAUUGUGCACCUGCAUUGGAUGUUGAUUGGCAAACAAAUACAUCAUUUGCUAGUUGUUCUACUGACCAAUGUAUUCAUGUAUGCAAACUUAAUGUUGAUAAACCAAUCAAGAGCUUCCAAGGUCAUACGAAUGAAGUUAAUGCUAUAAAAUGGGAUCCUCAAGGCAACUUAUUGGCCAGUUGUUCAGAUGAUAUGAGUCUUAAAAUUUGGUCUAUGAAACAAGACACAUGGGUACACGAUCUGCAAGCUCAUAGUAAAGAAAUCUAUACCAUUAAAUGGUCUCCGACUGGACCUGGUACCCACAAUCCAAAUAUGAAUUUAACUUUAGCUAGUGCAUCAUUUGAUUCGACUGUAAGAUUAUGGGAUGUAGAAAGAGGUGCAUGUAUACACAGACUUACGAAACACACGGAACCAGUGUAUAGCGUAGCAUUUAGUCCGGACGGUAAAUUUCUCGCUAGUGGAAGUUUCGACAAAUGUGUUCAUAUUUGGUCUACUCAGAAUGGUCAAUUGGUGCACAGUUACCAAGGCACUGGUGGGAUUUUCGAAGUGUGUUGGAACAGUCGAGGAGAUAAAGUUGGUGCUUCUGCAUCUGAUGGCAGUGUAUUUGUUCUUGACCUUCGUAAAAUGUGA